UGAAAGUCCUUUGAACGAUUUCUAAAAGCAUGAAGUUUCUAUUGAUUAUUAGUUUAAUAACAAUAUUGGUAAGUUCCGGAAGAGGAUUAACAGAAGACGAACAAUUUGAUGAAUUAAUAAGGGAGAUUGAUAAAGUUGUACUCUUCUUAAAAGCACGGAUCGCAGCCAGCGAGAAUAAUGUGACGGACGUCUUGGAAAAAUAUACCGGGUUGUUAGACCAUCCGACCUCGUCGCAGCCACCCAUUCCCGUUAACCGUGGUUCUACCGCGUCGCAACCCCCAGAACCAGAAGUCCGUAACACCGGGUCAGAGCCAGCAAAAGCCGUGGACCAAGGUUUCACCAGGCCAAAAAAUAGCUAUGAUCUACCAUUUGACGUAAUAAAUCGAUGUUAUAUGUUGUCGAGAACAUUACCUGAUGAAGAGCGAUCGAACUAUUUAAUCACAUUACAGCGCAAAAUUUCUGAAUCUAGACAUCAGUAUACAGAUUUGAACAAACUUAAUCUACGACUGGCUUCAAACAUUCAUUUCAGGAAAUGGAUCUUUAUAACAUUCGGCGUACUAAAUUUCUUUGGGUCAUUGGUUAUAUUUAACCAUUAUUUUAUACAUAUAAUUACAUAAAACUAUUAGACAAUUAUUAUAAAAUAAUUGUCUAAUAGUUUUAUUUUAUUACAUAUAUAUAUAUACAAUAAUGGUAACAAAUAACCAAUGACCCAAAGAAAUUUAGUACGCCGAUUGUUAUAAACAGUGGCGGCUCGUGGGUGCUGAUAAUGGGGGUACGACUUUAAAAUAUAAAAUACCACUAAUCAUAGGUUUAACAAAUUAUCAAAUUAAAUAUAAUAAAAUGAA